CUUCUCAGCAAAUACUACAUUACUUUACCGACAGAGCACUUCUGGCUCCCCUAUCAGCCCAACGGCACGCACCUCUGCUUCAUUACCCCUUGUCUCGGUCCCAACCUCGGCUCCUUUUGCGCAUUUUACGGACAUGUCACGGAUCUGGUCAAACAUGUGUGUUUCCAGCUUGUUCAGGCGUUGCAUUUUUUACACCAAAAGGGGCUGUGUCACGGCGACUUCAGGCCGGCCAACAUUCUCUUUUGCCUGACAGAGGAGGUAGAGAAAAUGGGGGAUGACGAACUGGUGGCGGCACUCGGAGGCGUGCAGAUAGCGAAGCUUUCUAGGAUUCCACCCGCCAACACCACGAAGAGAGACAUGAAAGAGAAGGAAUGGCCAAAGGGCCUCCCGCGGUAUUUUAUUGGACAGGCGAACAUGGCCAAGUUGAUCGAAGGAGGAUGGUGUUCAUCCAAGGUGGCCAUCAUCGAUUUCGGAGUGUCCUAUCCCGUCGACAAGCCACCUGUCAAGGGCACUGGCAUCCCACUCAACUAUGCGCCGCCAGAGGAGUCAAUCACGCGCAAGAACGGAGAAGGAAAAGAGGAGGUGACCAUCAAGCUGGGACCACAUAGUGAUAUCUGGGCUCUUGGUGUCACGUUCGCCGAGCUCGCACUCGGCUACCUCCCCUUCGACAAGUCUCCAGAUGACUUGCUCGCUGUGGUCGACGACAUGGAGAUGGUCGUCGGUCCCAUCCCGGAGCCGUUUCGCACGGCACUCAGGAAGUGGUAUAGAGAGAAGUCUCGUCCAUGGCACAGUGCACUGGUAGCUGUCGAUAUGGUGACGGACCCGGAUCUAGGCGAGAAGGUGUUGAGCCCGUUGACAUUUUCGGUCAAGCGUUGGAAAGCCAGAAAAACUGCAAUCAAGAAUCACUGUGGUCACGAGGAUCCGCUCAGCCGCGAGAUGGCGAUAGGCCUGCAUCAGUCACAAACUGAGGAAAUGGCGGCCAACAUCGAGAGGCAGUGGGCGAAGGAUAAGACGAGGUUACCGGCUUAUGGAGACACAGAUGCUGACACGCUCGUUGAACUUGCGCUGGGUGGUGGUCAAGCGCCAAAGAAGACGGUCGGUGAUGUUGACUCGUUUCGGGAUUUGGUAUUCAGUAUCUUCAAGUGGAUGCCAGAGGAUCGGGUGAGCACGGCCGAGAUUAUGGCUCAUCCGUGGUUUGCGGAUCGUCGCGCUCCCUCCAGGAGCAUCGAGCCGGAACGUCUGGUGUCAAAACUCUCUCAAGGCACAUUUGGUAUCAUCAACUUCAUGGCCGGAUUCCCUUUCAAAGCCAGCAAUUUCUUCCUCCGCGUGUUCUCGCGAGUGUUCGGCAUUUUUUCGAACCCCCUUUGGUUCUUGUGGGGCGGUCGCUCUUGUACCAACAGGAGCAAUGAUCUUGAGGCUCAGUAA